AUGGUAUCCCCAGUGGACUUGGCAACGAAUGUCGCCCUUUCAGUGGCAAUCCUCUUCGUCUCUCGCUUUGUCUGGAAUUACAUCCGCUCUCCGUUGAAAUCUUAUCCCGGUCCUGUCGCGACGAGCUUCACCAAUAUCUGGCGUCUGCAAGAUGUGUUUAAGGGGCGUUGCGAUAUUACGCAGAAUGCACUGCACCGCAAAUAUGGACCCGCUGUUCGGAUGGGUCCAAACGUCCUCAGUCUUUCGGACCCGAGCUUGAUCAGCCAGGUUUACAAUACGAAGAAUCCAUGGGUGAAGAGUAAUAUGUACAAUGUUAAUGAUGUCGUGGUUGGUGGCGUUCGUUUGAACAACCUUUUCUCCACUCGUGAUGAAAAGUGGCAUUCUACCUAUAUCCGCCCGGUUAUGAGUCUAUACUCCAUGAGUAGGGUUCAGGAUGUUGAAGAUGAAGUUGAUAUUACCAUUAACCUCUUUCUCGAAAAACUCCGUACACAUUUUGUCCGCACUGGCAAGCCAUGUGAGAUGUCUGAUUGGUUAAACUUCUUUGCAUGGGAUGCUAUGAGCCAAGCGACUUUCUCUCAAAAUCUAGGUAUCCUUGAAGCUGGUAGUGACUACAAGGGCUUCCUCGGUCGAUCGAACCAAACCUUGGACUAUUUUGCUUCGAUUUGUCAAAUCCCCAUACUCGACCUAUUUUUGGAUAAGAACCCAAUCAAGCGCAUCGGACCCCCAACCUUCGUGUGGGCCAAUAUCUUCAGCCUCGAGAAACUUCAAGAGCGCUACCAGGAGAUGAGUCAAAAAGCCGCACCAAAGAACGACUUCCUUGCAAAGUUCCUCGAGAUCAAAGAGAAGAACCCCGAGCUGGUGGAUGACAAUGCCAUAAUUCUCUAUUUACUUUCCAACGUCCUUGCAGGUAGUGAUUCCACCGGAAGCACGAUGUGUGCAGCAGUCUACUAUAUCUUGAAACACCCAGACGUUCACCAGAGACUUUGCGCUGAGCUUCGCGGCGCCAACCUGUCUCUCCCAGCUCGAUUCAAGGAUAUUCAAGGACUGAAGUACCUUGAAGCUGUCAUGCGAGAGACCAUGCGUAUUCACUCUGGUGUUGGCUUGAUACUUGAACGUGUCGUUCCCAGUGGUGGCUUGACUCUGCCUGAUGGUCGCUUUGUACCGGAGGGAGCUGUUGUCGGCAUGAACCCUUGGGUGAUUAAUAGGAAUGAAGAGGUGUUUGGGGCUAAUACGGAUGAUUUUAUUCCGGAGCGCUGGCUUCAGAAUACCGGCGAGUCGGAUGAAGCGUAUAAGGUGCGAUUUAUAAAGAUGAAGAGCACUGAUUUCACAUUUGGGGCUGGAUCGCGAACUUGCUUGGGACGUCAUAUGUCUCUGCUGGAGAGCUUUAAGCUUAUUGCGACGCUUUUUAGUGCUUUUGAUAUGGAGCUUCCAGGUCCGGAUCACCAGUGGCAAGUUACCAAUUCGUGGUUCUUGAGACAGAAGGAUGUUCCUGUUAGUUUAGUAGAGGCCAAGAACUAG